AUAUAGUUUAUACUGUCAUAGUUUCGAUAACGAAAUUCUAAACUUCUUUUACGAGUCCACACGUUGAACUUAAGCGGCAAGUUAUCGAAUUUGAGCUCACUGAAAUGGUAAAGUUGCCCAUCUCGGUGAGAGUGUAGCGAAAAAUAUGAUUACAAUCAAAGGACUUUCCGACAAACUUCACAUCGAAAAGCACGUCCUUGCAAUUGGAAGGAAGAAACUAAAAGAAACAAUAAAGGAUUAAGAUUGCAAGUACUAUUGAGACCUUUGCAUAUUGCGGUAAUAUCUUCGUCGAGAUUACUGUUCGGGUUGAUGAAUAGCACUAAACCUUUUAGCGGGUGUAAAGUUAGUAAUCUUCCAAUGUUCCUUAAGGAAGCUGGAAAUUUGAUUAGUACGCCCUUUGGCGUAGCAGAGCGAUAUUGCCGGAAAGGUGCUGUUCCAGCGAAGCAUUGAACUCUAUCGGACACAAAAUGAAUGGCACACAUUCACCCGACAUGAUUAGUCGGUUCCGCGACCUGAAGCUGCUCGAGUCAGGCGAAGGACCCCGGCCGGAACCAACACAGCAUGGGGAACCGACGCACCAUCGGCAUCAGCGAUCGUUCACCUCCCAGUCAGCGGCCACCAAGUCCCAGUUCAUUCCGGCCAUUUGUAACUUUCAAACGGCGCGGAAAAUGGCACAGGAAAACCUCGAGCACCAGCCGCUGCCGGAUGCAGUGAUUGAUAUUGCAUUUCGGAAAGCGCAGGCCGCCGGAUUCCCCAAUCCCGGCAUGGAGCUAAGCGUUGGACCGUACGCAACCGGCGUUGGUUGUAAGAACUACAAGGCAGGACCUACCAAGUGCACCAAGUAUCGUGUCUAUCGGCCAAAAACGUGCGGCGUCAUACCGAAGGUGCCGAGUGCGCUGGACACACCCGAGCGGCCGGAAAGUAUGCGCGUGAAGAAGAAGGUCGGUGCAAUGGAUUUGGCAAUCGGUUGGGAGUUUCGUACCAAGCACGAACCACGCUCACAAACCUACAUGGACGGCUCGAAACCCUCGGUGGCGCCUCCGAUAUUCGAAGUGGUAGAGCCGGCCAAGGACCUAAAUCUGCCCGCGGUGGUACACGCUGGAGGCGUCUUUUCCAACACCCUCGGGGAGGAGGACUUUUUCGACCGUGAUGUUAUUCGACAGCACAAGCGCCUGGUACGCCCGACCAGCAAUCGCUGCAAGUGUGGCAACAGUUCUGCCCGCUCGUCCAAAUCGCCAAACGCUGCUGGCCGGCAGCAGCAGCAGCGAAAGAAUGGUAGUGGAAGACAGGAUCGCCAACAUGAUCUGCCACAGCAGCAUCAGCAGAAACACCACGAGGAACCGACCACGAUGGAAAUCAACAAUAACAACCUGCCGGCAGUGCGUGGAUCGGCCCGAUCGCACGGCUCUUCACAGGGAAAGGAAAUUGCGGAACUCCAACGUCACGGUGGCAGCGCAAAUUCGAUGGAGCGCAAACUGCACGAGGCAGCGGCCAAGCAUGCGGAGCGGAUCGAACGCUUCUGUCACAAGUUCGCGCCCGAGGAGUUUCCGUACAACUUCCACCAGGAGUACCGGUGUGCGUUUAAGGCCGGCAUACCGCAGAGCAAUGUGUCGGGCACGCUGAGCAGCUUCGAUACCGGACCGAACGGAACGCAGCGCAAACCGGCCAACUACAAGAAGCUGCUGCACAUUCCCAAACCACGCGAGCCGUACACGAAGAAGAACUACGUUAUCGAUACGUUAGCGCCACCGUUUGCCUUCUGGAAGAAGGGUUCCGGCUAUCCGGACUAUUGGCGACUGAUCAGCGUCUAUCAGCAGGCGUACAAUAAGCCGAUCGAGAAGAGAAAGUACCCGCUUCUCAAGACCGUGUACCAGUAGUAGUGGACAGGACAGGGACGAGAAACUCCAUUAAGUCAGCUCAAUUAUUCAUAACCUUAUCAUAUACACAAACAUACACACAUACACUCAUACGUACACCUUUAGGUUCCUUAGGUCAAUUUUGAUUUGUCGAUUUUCACCAAUAGCAGAUUGUGUCAAGCCCUGUACUUUAUAGUCUGAUGCGGAAUGGAUAAUAAAACGGAACAUUUCGAGGAGUCUCCAGGGAGAGAUGAACU